UCGUGUCAAGUUCAGAUCAGUCUUGGUCCAAUCACACGGUAUCAGAUUUCUGUACGUGCCGCUUAGAGUCGGUCUGUAUCGGUGAGCGGGUUUGCACAGUCUAUGCACGGAUUUUGCACGUUUGACUGCUGUUCAGUGUCCACUGCUGACCGUUACGAAACGAGGUUAAAAUUGGUUAAGAAUGGCCGCGUAUAAACUGGUGCUGAUCCGUCACGGAGAAAGCUGUUGGAAUCAGGAAAACCGUUUCUGCGGCUGGUUUGACGCCGAUUUGAGCGAGACUGGAGAACGCGAGGCGAAGAGGGGCGGACAGGCCCUCAAAGAGGCGGGGUAUGAGUUUGACGUCUGCUACACCUCGGUGCUGAAGAGGGCGAUCCGCACGCUCUGGAUCGUGCUGGACGGCAUCGACCAGAUGUGGCUGCCCGUGCACCGGACCUGGCGGCUGAACGAGCGGCACUACGGUGGCCUGACGGGGCUAAACAAGGCCGAGACGGCCGCCAAGCACGGCGAGGCGCAGGUCAAGAUCUGGCGGCGCUCCUACGACACCCCCCCGCCUUCCAUGGACCCGGACCACGACUUCUACACCAACAUUAGCAAGGACCGUCGCUAUGGUGACCUAACGGAGGACCAGCUGCCCUCUUGCGAGAGCUUGAAGGACACAAUCGCCCGUGCCCUGCCCUUCUGGAAUGAGGAGAUCGUCCCGCAGAUCAAGGAGGGCAAGAGGGUCCUGAUCGCUGCCCACGGCAACAGUCUCCGGGGCAUCGUCAAGCACCUGGAGGGCAUGUCGGAGGAGGCCAUCAUGGAGCUGAACCUGCCCACGGGGAUCCCCAUCCUGUACGAGCUGGACAAGAACCUGAAGCCCCUGAAGGCCAUGCAGUUCCUGGGGGACGAGGAGACGGUGCGCAAGGCCAUGGAGGCCGUGGCUGCCCAGGGCAAGGCCAAGAAGUAGAAGGGGGGGGAGGGACCGAGCCAGAGCGGAGGGGCUGGGCGGAGAGGGGGAGGGCCGAUGAUUGACAGCUCUCGGAGGGCCACACAUUCGACAUUCCCGUACCUGGUUAUACCAGGGUUUUUGGCGGUUAAAGUCCAUUUCAAUUUCAGUCAAUUCAGGAAAAAUGUAUCCGAAAAUGUAAUGUCCCAUCAGGUUCUGUGUGGAUUUUUUCCAUUAAAUUGAUUGAAUUUCAGUUUAUUUCCUCAAUUGACGGAAUUGAAAUGGAGUUGGAAGUUCCACCUCCCUCCAUCUUUCAUAGUUAUUACAACACACCUGCAUGUAGACUGGCAGUAUUCUACACUGGUUGUGAAUAUUGUAAUGGGGCUGAUUAUUUAUGACUUGAGAUUAUACUAACUACACAAAAAAUUGAUUAUGGACCAGGUGAUUGACCAUAGCCAAAAUAAAUUCUAGAACAUUCCACUGAUGUAUUAAGUCUGUUGUUUCCGUUUUAGUAGAAAAAAAAAAAACAACAUUCUGACUUAUUUACAAGGACCAUAAACAACCCCGGUUAAAGCAGACUGUUUCCUGUUGGCUCAGUUGAAAAGCAGGCCUGACACUUGCAGACCCGUUUUGUAGUCUCAUGGCAACCACCGUUGCCAUGGGACCACAGAACGAGGUUUCCCUGCAGCUCUGAGCAGAGUGUAAACGUUCAGAAUACCUGAGUAACACCCUACCAUCCCUGAACCAUGCUUCAGUCCCAUGCUGCACGUUUACUGCAUUACUCUAGUGUUACAAAAUGGCUGCUUUCAAUGGUUAUUUAUUCCACAUUCCAGAGUUAAGGGGAAGUUUAUAGGAAGCAGAUCCGUGGUCAUGCCUUCACUCUGUGCUGUGGACAUUAGAAUCUCUCCCUCCUCCACACUGGCGCCCUCUGCUGGUAGUUUACAUGUGUAACAUUGCUGUAUCUGUGGCACUGUGUCAUGCCCCGUUUCCCAAAUACAAUCGGCAGCAUAGUCAGCACCCUCCUGUGUGUGUGUGUGUGUGUGUGUGUGUGUGUGUGUGUGUGUGUGUGUGUGUGUGUGUGUGUGUGUGUGUGUGUGUGUGAGAGAGGAAGAAAGGGAGCAACAGCAAGUGUUUUCUGGAAUACACCGGACACUUACUCUUAAGUGAGACUUCAGUUCAGACUGUAGUUACAAGUUGUUUUUCAGCUCAUAGUACCUGGUUGUUUCUACUGAUGACUUGUUGCAGGCCUGGACUACAUGCACAUCCUGCAUGUGCAUGUACAUGAAGGUGUGUGUGUGUAUGUGUGUGUGUGUAUGCUGGUUGGUGAACCCCUGCUUUUCCAGUGUUAGCGUGACUGUGUCAGCAGUGAUCUGACUGGGCCCCUCUCUGAUUAGGUUAUUUUGCGAUGCACUGAGACCCUUGUGGAGAUGUAAUAAAUCUGUGUGCAAAAA